AUGAACCUGGGCUCGGCGGAUCCACCGAAAAACGCUCCCGUCCAAAAUGCGAAGAUAAAAUCGAAGUCUCGUAGCGGGUGCUUGACUUGCAAGAACCGCAGAUUGAAAUGCGACGAAAUGAAGCCGUUCUGCCUCAACUGCCUCAAGAAGAAGAUCAAGUGCGGCGGAUAUGCCACGCGCUUCAAAUGGAGAUCUUUCAAUGAGGGGAAGGAAACUGAACCUGAUAUCAAAAGUGCCAGUCCCAACAAACGGUCUCGUUCCUCCCACUUGGAGCUUACAUCGCUAUCUGUCUUAGGGAAAUCUACCAAGGAGAUCAAGCUAGAGAACGAUCUCUUGGCGAAAGGUAUCAAUCCAGCCACCUCCAAUGAAGCAAACACCCGGCAUUCAUCACAUUCGCUCCAGAGAUCAUACUCUGCGUCGGGCCUGCAAGCAGCGUCUGAGGUGACGAACUUUCGCAACGAGUUCCGAUCUAUGACAGGGCUCCAGUCCCUCGCAGAAGCUGCUGUGGACAAGAUUCGUACGAUAUCCUCCGAAUCAUCGCCAAUGUACACUAGCGCUGGAAACUCACUAGCGCCUCCUCAAAUAUUUGCAAACGGGGAUCAACACGAAUGGCAGGUACAACACGCCAAUCAACUGCCUGGAACCACGGGUACCCCGGUCUUCAGAGACGCUAUUUCUGAUCUCAACUUAACACCUUCAUUAUCCGCGCUUUUCAACUUUGUUUUCACGAAUCCGGAUCACGUGAAGGACUCGAUGCACGUGGGAAGCAUGGGACAUAACAUACCAGAGUAUUCACUUCCGUCUAUCAACUCGACAAGCUACGAUGCAAACUUACUAAGAGCAUCUGAGCGGCAGCAGAUCUUAUACCUUUAUUCAACUUACACAUGUGGGAUCAUGUCUAUUCAGUCGGGCGCGUAUGAGAAUCCCUGGCGCAAUAUCUAUCUCCCUCUUGCUGUCGAAUACUCCUACUUGUUCAACUCAAUAGCAUCCAUGACUCUUUUUCACCUUGCAAGCAAUGCCAAAUUGCGUGAAAAAAGUGAAUCUUUGAGGUCAAAGGGAUGCUUUUACAUGAAAAAGUGCAUUCUUGAGUUGGCGACCGGUCUCUCCAGGCUCGAGAAUGGAGAUGUUUCCGAUGCUCAUCUUCCUGCUGAUGUGGCUUUAGCUACUUGUCUUAACCUAGCGGUAAGUGAAUCCUGGGACACCCAUACAUCGAGUGGAAUUGCCCAUUUAAAAGGAGCAAGAAGUAUGAUUCAAAAAGUACUCAGUAUCAUCACGCAGUUUUCAUUGAACACUCGCAAAAAGAAUAGAGAUUUUUCACGUGAGCAAAUUUUCAAAAAGAAACUAGUGCUUGUGACUGAUGAUGAGUGGCAAAAGAUGACUGAGUUUGAAGAUGGGGCCGAUAACUGCGAAGCUUCACUGGGGCCACUCAGUGGGCUCUUCAUACCUAAAAACAUACAACUUCUUUUUAAUCAGUGGAUUUAUUUCGAGGUGCUCUCUCAAAUGACCAGUUAUAGCGGGCACGACGAUAAAGGAAUUGACCUUGUGGCAACCAUCACUAAAGCUAUCCAAACCAACCAAAAGAAGAGGUCUGUCGAUAUAAGCGAGUUGAAGGCUCAAGAGCUGGAAACCUCCCCCGCAGAAUCCUUCAGGCUGGGUUACAGUGAUCAGUUCAAACAAAGUUUUGCGUUUUUCGAAAAUUUGGACACAAUGUUGCAGAACAACGAGUUUGUUGACCCACUUCUAGGAUGUGCGCAAUCUCUUUUCCUGAUUAUGGGCAAAGUGGCGAACUUAAUUUCUAAGGUACGAAAGUCUCAAGAUGGAGACAAGAAGUCGUCGCGCAAUAGUUUGAGCAACAUCACGAUUGCUUCAGAACUCAAGCGGCAUCUCACUAAUUGGAAACCGAAUAUAUCAACAAACUUGGCAGACAUGUUGAAUGAUGAUACAAAAGAUUCCACGUGGGAUCUUUACUCGUGUGUUUCCACUGCGGAGGCUUACAGGUACGCUACGCUUCUUUAUUUGCACGAAGCGGUGCCUGAAGUCCCCCUGAUUUCGUCACACCAAUUGGCUGAAAAAGUGUUUGUGUUGUUGGCGUCCAUUCCCAGUACAUCGAACUUGUAUACUGUGCACAUAUUCCCGCUCUUGGUCAGUUCGUGUGAAGCACGGCCCGGCGAAGAACGCGAGUGGUGCGAAGAAAGAUGGGCCUUGCUUGUGGAGCGAAUCUGGAUCGGAAAUAUCGAUCGGGCGUUUGAAGUGGUGAAGGAAGUUUGGAGAAGAAAAGACGAUUACGACCGAAACCUAAAGAGGGAUGGACCUGACAAGAAAAAUGACGAAACUCUUGAUUUUGACGAUCCACAAAACAUUUCGGCGCAUUUACAAGAAGUCGUAGAAUCCAUGCGGCGCAAACCUUCAAGCGAUGAGAGAGGCAUCACAAGUAAGCUUCACUGGAGCUCUGUCAUGAGGGAGUGGGGAUGGGAGGUACUUCUUGCGUAAUUAAUUAAAAGCUUCCAAAAUAUAGAAUCUAUGAAGUUUGAGAAAAU